GGCCGGCGCGGCGCGGGCCCGGGCGUGCAUGUGGUGGCAGUCAGUCUGCCGUCCUCCUCCGCCGCGCGCGCUCCUCAAGCCGCGCUCCUGCUGCACAUGCGGGUGGUCCCCUCCGGUCCCCUCCGUCCUGCCCGUAUAGUGUCCCCCUCCCACUCGUGCGGCGUGUCUCUUCUCGCCGUCACUUGCUGCUGCUACAGCCCAGCGCGCCGCGCCCUCCUCCCCGCGGCCGCGUUACAGUGUCCCCGCUGACGAGCGGCACCAUGCCCUGGAGGUCCUGGACCUGACGGCCGCCCGUCCUCUGUCGUGUCCCCCGAUGGGCAACUAGAGGCACAAGUAGUGUUGUUGUUGCUGCUUCUGCCUGACGGCGCGGGCGGCCGAGUGCGCGCCGUGCAGCCGCCGCCGACGCUUCCCGUCGGCCGGACAAGGUCGCCACCUGCAGCCUCGGCGGCAGCCUCCCUCACGCUCGCGCAAUCGGGCGCGGCGCGACGCGAAUCAGCGCCAUGACCGGCCCAAUGUUGGACACUGAGCGGGCCGACCUGGCCCUUGAGUACCUCAGGGCCUCGGUGGGCAUGAAGGCGGCCGCCAACAAGGUGUGGCCGUCUACCGCGCCGGUGGACGUCAAGGCGACUGAGGCGGCGACGGGUGGCGGCGUCGCCCUCGGCCCCCUGGGCGUGGCGCCUGCGUCGUCCCCGGCGCCGCCGCCGCCUCCCGGGGGCCCGCCCCCUGGACCGCCCGCCGACCAGGCCGACCAGCCGUGGCGGGAGGACCCCGACUACGACCCCUUCGCCGAGCGCGUCGUCCGCCUGCCCUACUCGGACGUCGGCGCGCUGGCCCACCUGCUCAAGGGCGCCCUGGGCGCGGGGCUGCUCGCCAUCUCCCUGGGCUUCAAGAUGAGCGGCCUCGGCGUGGGCGUCGCCAGCGGGGUCGUCAUCGCCAUCGUCUGCACCCACUGCUGCACGCUGCUGGUGGAGAGCUCCCGCGUCGUGUGCAGGCGGCUGCGCGUCCCCAGCCUGGACUUCCCCAGCACCGUGGAGGCGGCCUUCCUCACGGGCCACGCGCGCUUCCGCCGCUACGCGCGCCUCUGCCGCUUCAUGGUCAACUUCAUGCUCUGCUUCACCUACCUGGGGCUGCCCAUCAUCUUCAUCGUCGUCAUCUCCUCGUCCGUGCAGCAGGUGACAGCGCCGACCAAAUAAUAUCGACAAUUUGGGAAAAUUGAAACAAUGACGUAAUGACGUGUGGAGAU